AUGAUCAUUACCCUGGUCCCCAUUCUCUUCACCGGAGUAGCCGCUUACUAUCUUUUUGGUAAAUUCAUUAGUAAGCAAUUAGAUUGUCCCAACAAUAAUCCCACCGUCAAAGGCUUAGAAAAAUCGGAAGUCAAAGCGGCCAUCAAAGAAGCCGAAACCCACAAAAAGGCUUUAGAAAAAGAAAUUAAAGAAAUCGAAGCCGAACGCAAGGACAUUCUCAAAGGUUCCGAAGAAAACAAAGCCGACCAAGCCACGGAGAAAUUAGAAGCCAAAGAAGAAAAAGCCGCCGAACUAGUUAUUUUAGAAAAAGACCUCGCGGACUUAAAAGCGGUAGAUAAAGGUGGGUUUAUGGCCAGUGUGCCUAAUAAACUAACCAUGAAUAAUGGCUUAUGA